AUGACGCAGGCCGCCGCACCUGAGGGUGAGGAUUACACACCGCAAUUCAAGUCUGAACAAGAAGCUGUCAAGUACUACAGCACAAGAUCGAGUGAGCAGUAUGGCAUCCCCGUUCAAGUCAUCGAUCGAUCCCAGAAAAACCGUGUCCCUCUCGCAGAAUGGUCCGUCUUCGACAGCUUCGCAAACUGGUCUGUCUUCAACAACCUCCUUGCGGAGCCUGACGCCGAGUACGAGAUUGCCUUCCGCCUCCUCGCCGACCCAAGCUUUGGUCUCUCUCGACGUCAACACCUUCAAAGAUGUCUACGCACGCAACAAGAUCUACCAACAUGA